AUGGCUGCUCCACAUCAAUACCACCAACCAAAUGCCCCCGAUGAGAACGACUCCGACCUUGACCUAGACCUCGAGGAGCUCGACCCGCUGUCUCUCUCCUCGAGGACUGCCACUUCCCCGUCGCCACGGCCGUCGAGGGAAACCAGGAAGCCAUUUCAUGAGCUUGGGGCUAGGAUACCUUUGCGUAGUCUGAGGGCAAGCAGGCUCCGAAAUACGCGUAAGGCGCACGAAGCAGAAGAGGAGGAUCUCCGGGAGUUGAUAGAGGAUCAUGAUGGCGGGAACAGAGAUUCUGGUGGCAGCUCAGCCCAGCUUGGUGACGAUGACGCCCCACUGCUACCAACGCACAGUGUGCGGCGGAAGGAAAGAGGAGGCCAGCAGCCUCCCUCUGCACUCUCUCGGAUAAGCUCCAACAUACGCCUUCCGAGUUUCCUUUCUGGGAGGAGACCGGAGGAGUUUAGUAUACGAUUAGGCGACGAGGAGGAAUCAGAUCCUGAGGAGGAGCAUGAUCCCACCUCGCAGCGAACCAUCUCGGUGGGAAGAAUUCAGACUUCCAGAUUUCCUGCGAACGCCGUUUCGAACGCAAAGUAUACACCUUGGAGUUUCCUCCCACGGACCCUGUAUAACGAAUUCUCCUUUUUUAUUAAUAUGUACUUUCUGCUUGUCGCAUUAUCUCAAAUCAUACCCGCCCUCCGCAUUGGUUACCUGUCGACAUAUAUCGCUCCACUCGCAUUUGUCAUCACGAUCACUCUUGGAAAGGAAGCUUUAGAUGAUAUUGCGCGUCGGCGCAGGGACGCGGAAGCCAACUCUGAAGGCUACACAGUCUUGAAGUUUGAGGAGAAUAGUACCGGUAAUGGAGUGGCUCCUGGCAAGAGCACGGCGCAGAAGCGCAGGUUGAGGAAGGGGAAUAAAAGAGCGGCUGGCCGCACGAGCGAGAUUGGAGAUGAGGAGUCAUCCAUUUCCACAACCAAAGGGUUAGCGACUGCUACUUUCUGGGAAGUCACGAAGCCUUCGCGAAAUCUCAAAGUAGGAGAUGUCGUACGUCUAUCCAAGGAUCAACGAGUGCCCGCAGACAUGGUCAUCUUGAAGACGUACUCUCCUGAAAGCCUGCCUCCUGCAAGUCCAACGAGCCACGACCCUAGCACGCCACCGACCCUUUUGGAUGAACACGCUACUACCAUCGGCGCUUGCGAGAAUCUAUCCAACAGUGGCCCCGCCCUAGCUGCUCCUACGUCUGGCGAAGCAUUCAUUCGGACCGACCAACUUGAUGGCGAAACCGACUGGAAAUUGCGUCUGACUUCACCGCUGACUCAGAAUCUCGACGUCGGAGAAUACACCAGGUUACGCGUGAUUGCCGGCAAACCAGACAAGAAGGUGAACGAAUUCUUUGGCACAGUUGAGCUGGAACCGAGACGGCAGCGCCAGUAUGAUCCACACAAUGACGAUCAAGCGUCUGGUGAUGAGGUCAAGUCAGCUCCCCUGAGCAUCGACAACACUGUAUGGGCGAAUACGGUGCUCGCCUCAAGCUGUAGCGUGUUGGCUGUAGUCGUGUAUACUGGUCCUCAGACGCGACAAGCGCUUUCCACGUCGCCUUCCAGAUCCAAGACUGGCCUUUUGGAGUAUGAGAUCAACGCUCUGACGAAGUUUCUCUGUAUCUUCACCCUAUCUCUGUCAUUCGUGCUGGUUGCUUUAGCAAAGUUCCGUGAGAUUGAUGGGCGCUCUUGGUACGUCUCCAUGAUGCGGUUCUUGAUCCUCUUCUCGACCAUUGUCCCGGUCGGAUUGCGAGUGAAUCUGGAUAUGGGGAAGUCAGUUUAUGCCUGGUUUAUCGAGCAUGAUAAAACCAUACCCGAUACUGUCGUGCGGACCAGCACAAUCCCUGAGGAUUUGGGCAGGAUAGAAUAUCUGUUGAGCGACAAGACAGGCACCCUCACCCAGAACGCAGAGAUGGAGAUGAAAAAGAUACAUGUUGGCACUGUCUCUUAUGCCAACGAGGCCAUGGAGGAGGUCGCCUCUUAUGUCAAACAGAGCUUCUCGCCUCCAGCUGGCGAGGCACCCUCGCUCGUGACACCAUCGUCUACUUAUACUGCGCCAUUGACCUCAGCUACGCGAACCAGACGCGAGAUCGGAUCCAGGGUGAGAGAUGUGGUUCUGGCGCUAGCACUUUGCCAUAAUGUUACUCCGACUUCCGAAGAAGAGAAUGGCCACAUGGUCACGACCUACCAAGCAUCAUCUCCUGAUGAGAUCGCCAUUGUCCGCUGGACAGAGAACGUGGGUCUAAGGCUCCUCCAGCGCGACAGGGAGUCGAUGACGCUUCAGUCUUGCGACACUGGCAAUGUCGUCGUUCGUGUACGCAUACUAAAUGUCUUCCCCUUCACAUCAGAAGGCAAGAGGAUGGGAAUUGUCGUCAAGUUCUAUCAUGGCCCCGAGUCAUCGCCAUCUGCGGAAGAUGGCGAAAUCUGGUUCUACCAAAAAGGAGCGGACACGGUCAUGACCUCGAUUGUCGCUGCCAAUGACUGGCUGGAUGAGGAGACGGCCAACAUGGCCCGAGAAGGGCUGCGGACAUUGGUAGUGGGGCGCAAGAAGCUGUCGGCGCAAAGCUACCAGGAGUUUUCAGCCAAGCACGCCCAAGCGUCGCUGGCACUGCACAACCGAGACGCUGCAGUUGCGGACGUCGUGAAAGAAUAUCUCGAGCAUGACCUGGAGCUCCUCGGAGUGACUGGUGUCGAAGACAAGCUGCAGAAGGACGUGAAGCCAUCUUUGGAGCUUCUCCGCAACGCUGGUAUCAAGAUCUGGAUGCUGACGGGCGACAAAGUGGAAACAGCGCGCUGUGUCGCUGUUAGUUCGAAGCUUGUCGCGCGAGGGCAGUAUGUGCAUACCAUCGCAAAGAUGAAACGCAAAGACCUCGCGCAUGACUCCCUCGAUUUUCUUCGUAGCAAAACCGACGCCUGUCUCCUCAUUGACGGUGAAUCGCUUGCCCUCAUGCUUACCCACUACCGAUCCGAGUUCAUUUCCAUUGCAGUGCAACUGCCCACCGUCGUUGCGUGCCGCUGUUCCCCUACUCAGAAAGCCGAUAUUGCCAAGCUCAUCCGCUCAUCUACCAACAAGCGCGUCUGCUGCAUCGGCGACGGCGGCAAUGAUGUCUCCAUGAUCCAAGCCGCAGACGUCGGUGUCGGAAUUGUCGGCAAGGAAGGCCGGCAGGCCUCCCUCGCUGCCGACUUCUCCAUCACGCAGUUCUGCCAUUUGACGAAGCUGCUUGUCUGGCACGGUCGCAACAGCUACAAACGUUCGGCCAAACUCUCCCAAUUCGUCAUCCACCGCGGCCUCAUCAUCAGCAUCUGCCAAACCGUCUACAGCAUUGCCUCCUCCUUCGAACCCAACGCCCUCUACAAAGACUGGCUACUCGUAGGAUACUCCACUGUAUACACCAUGGCGCCCGUCUUCUCGCUCGUCCUGGAUCGAGACGUCGACGAGAGCGUCGCAAACCUGUACCCGGAGCUCUACGCGGAGCUCAAAACGGGCCGUUCACUCAGUUACAAGUCCUUCUUCAUCUGGGUCGCCGUCUCCAUCUACCAAGGCAGCAUCAUCCAGGGUCUCAGCCAACUCCUCGUCGGCGUCGGAAACGACGACACGGAUAUCUUCAAACGCAUGGUCAGCGUUUCUUUCUCUGUUCUGGUGCUCAAUGAACUGGUUAUGGUGGCUGUGGAGGUUACAACGUGGCACUGGAUCAUGGCGGCAUGUAUUCUUGGGACGGCGGGUGUUUAUUGGGGAAGUGUGCCGUUUCUGGAGAGGUAUUUUGAUUUGGCGUUUUUGAAAGAGGGGGCGUUUUGGUGGAAGGGGGUGGUCAUUCUGGCAGUGGCGUUGGGGCCGGUGUACGGUGGGAAGCUGCUGGGACGGACGUUGAGGCCGCCGAGUUACAGGAAGGUUAGGGGUGUGUAG